AUGGUGAGAUUUAUAAGAUACAAGGAGAGAAUUCUGCUUCACUUAGGGUGCAUGGAUAUUGAUUAUGCUAUCAGGAAAGACGAACCGCCUAUUAAUGAAAUCAGCACUCAAGCUGAGACUGCCCUUUAUGAACAAUGGGAGAGCUCUAACCGCUUGAGUGUUAUGUUCAUUAAAACCAAAAUCUCUGCUGGUAUUCGUGGUUCUGUCGAACAGUAUAACAAUGUUAAAGCAUUACUGAAGGCUGUUGAUGAACAAUUUGAGACUUCAGAUAAAGCACGUGCUAGCACCUUAAUUACGAAAUUCUCAUCAAUGAAGCUCACUAGUGUGAGAGGUGUGCAUGAGCACAUUAUGAAAAUGCGAGACUUAGCUGCUCAACUAAAGACUCUUGAGGUUGAAAUGUCUGAAACUUUCCUUGUGCACUCUAUUUUGAACUCUCUUCCUCCACAGUAUGACCCCUUUAAGAUCUCCUAUAACUCACAUAAGGAUAAAUGGUCUAUUGAUGAACUUAUGACCAUGUAUGUUCAAGAGGAAGUGAUGAAACAGCAAGAAGACCAAGAAGAACAAGAUUGA